CCCGCGCUCCAGUAGCUCGCGGAGAGGGAGGAGAAAGCGAGUUCCGGAUCCCUGCCUGUCCCGGCCCAACCUUUGCUCCAGCGAUCAUGGCUGCCGAGGAUGUGGCGGCGACCGGCGCAGACCCGAGCGAGCUCGAGAGCGGCGGGCUGCUGCAUGAGAUUUUCACGUCGCCGCUCAACCUGCUGCUCCUCGGCCUCUGCAUCUUUCUGCUCUACAAGAUCGUGCGCGGGGACCAGCCGGCGGCCAGCGACAGCGACGACGACGAGCCGCCCCCGCUGCCCCGCCUUAAGCGGCGCGACUUCACCCCUGCCGAGCUGCGGCGCUUCGAUGGCGUACAGGACCCGCGUAUACUCAUGGCCAUCAAUGGCAAGGUGUUCGACGUCACCAAAGGCCGCAAGUUCUACGGGCCUGAGGGGCCGUAUGGAGUCUUUGCUGGAAGAGAUGCAUCCAGAGGCCUUGCCACCUUUUGCCUGGAUAAGGAAGCACUGAAGGAUGAGUACGAUGACCUUUCUGACCUCACUCCUGCCCAGCAGGAGACCCUGAGUGACUGGGACUCUCAGUUCACUUUCAAGUACCAUCAUGUGGGCAAACUGCUGAAGGACGGGGAGGAGCCCACGGUGUACUCAGACGAGGAGGAGCCAAAAGAUGAGAGCACUCGGAAGAAUGAUUAAGGCCUUCAGCGGAAGCAUAUCUAUUUUUGUAUUUUGCAGAAUCAUUUGUAACAUUCCAGUCUGUCUUUAAAACAUGGUGAUUUCAAUAUUUAGAAAAGUUUUGAACUUGCUGUACAUUUUUUUAAUUAACAUCACUAGUGACACUGAUAAAGCUAACUCUGUCUUAGAAUGCAUGAUAUGUUUGUGUGUCACAAAUCCAGAUCCAGAAAGUGAACCGCAGUGCUGUAAGACAAAUGUUAUUACUGUUUCUCUUCUAUCUGUAGUCAGUGCAGGCUGAAUUGGAACUUGUGUUUCCUGAGAGACAGGUAAGACAUGGGUAUUCCCCCCAAACAGGUUUAAACGUUAAAUGUGUGAAGUCCUUCAGGCGUCAAGGAACACAGAAUGGACUUUGAGUCAUGAUAUUCUCUAAAGAUAGAAAAUCCUUUAUUUCUCAAUUGACCUAACUGCAUGAUUUCUGUUUUCUCUACCUCUAAAGCAAAUAUGCAGUGUUCCAAAGGCUUUGGUAUUGAUUAAAGAGAGCAGUCCAGUACAAAAUGAAAUCUCAAAGCUGGACUCAGUCACAGGUAACCUACUUUCUCUGUUUGGGGACAGCAUCAUUGUCCUGUGCUCUUUGGAACACUCAGACGCUCUCACUUAACAGUAAUCUCCAAUGAGGCUGAAAAUAGGAUCUCAACAUUCCAAAGCAAGCUUUGACGAAAAUCAGCUGGCUUGCCUAAAAAACGAAAACACAUGAAUAAGAUUGUAGGACUAUUUUCCCCAUCCCUGUGUUCUUGGUUAUUUCACAUGAUUGGACAUGCGAGGGGGCCGUGUAGGACAGGAGCAGAUUGCUCUCUAAGAGCCUUCACACACACCCCUGAAGAAUGAGGAAAUCGUACACAUUACUGGCCAAGUGGUUUUUCAAGUGUAUUCAUAACCUAACAGUUAUUCCUCUGUUGUUACAAAACUAUAGCCACUGCAAGAGUUGUAGUCAAGUGUCUUGGUCUUUGAUAUUGGUCUUGGUUAACAAUAAACUUAGCUUAAGUAGACUGUACAGUUGUAUGAAUUUGUAAAAGUAUUAUAUGAAUAACUAGUGAGGUUUCAAACUCUUGUAGUUGUAGUUGAAUAGUCAUUGUAUUUUCUUGUGAACUGUGUUUAAUGGUUUUACCUCAAAUCAGAAAACAAAAUGAAGUGCUUUGGUCAGUUAAUAAAAUGGUUUUACCCAGUA